AUGCUCGGCUCGACAUCUUUAUCCCAGCUCAUGAAGCUCGUGGGGCCGAUGCUCCUUAUUCUCUGGUCAGUAUGGUACUUGGGAAUAUCACGGCAGCAUGUACAGACAAUCACCCGCAAGUUCCGCAAUCAAAGGGAGCUAUUCAUCAAAGAUUUCCUCGAGCACGAAGUUGACGGACGCUUCGACGGCGCGGCUAUCCAAGGCCUGUGUGCCAGCAAGAAAUGGACAAAGGGAUUGAUGAUGGGCUGCGAUGCAGCACCAGGUGGGAUUGGUGAAGUGCGGAAUGCCCACUUGCACUGCAUUCGCUUUGCGAUCGAGGCAGGAGCGGAGUUGAUCCUACCCGAGAUCAUACCUCGUUCAGAAGACGACAUCAAGAACAUUAAUGGACGGCCCGCCGUGCCUCUCGACUACUACUUCGACGCAGCCCACCUCAACCACGUUCUCCGGACGUAUUGUCCUCAGAUGAGAGUACACGGGUCGAUGAACGACCUGUACGACGUGCCGGAAGUUUUCGAGGCCCUCCAGUUUAGUAUCGCGGAUACGAACAGCAACUGGGUCAACGGCACCGUCCUAGCCGAGCCCUCGGACUGGAACAAGCAAUUCCACGACUUCAUCAACGAGAAGUCACCCCCCGCAGAAAGGGUAUACCCCUUCCGCACCCAUCUCAAACAUACCCUGUGGACGUGGCCGACGGCACGUGACAAAGCGCCCGUGGCCUCUUCGUUCGGACGCAUGCUUCGCAUCCGCCCGGAUGCCCGGCGCCUCGCGGCCUCGGCGCUCUUCAGCCUCGAGUCCCGCUUCCAACUUAAUCUCGACCCGCGGACGCGGUACCACCCGUCGAGCUUCGUGGGCGUCCAUCUACGCACCGAAGAGGACGUCAACGAGAGGUUCCCGGACUACACGACGCAGGCAGCCAACUACCUGCACUACCUCUCCGAGUCGGAGUCGAGCGUCGCGUUCCUGGCCUCGGGCGCCACCGAGACCAACAUCACGGCGUUUGUCAACCGUGCCGAGGACUUCAACGUCACGGUCGUCACCAAGACGGAUAUCUUGGACGACGAGGAGCAGGAGGCGCUGGAGGCGCUGACGUGGGACCAGCGUGGACUGGUCGACUACGAGAUCAUGCUGCGCGCCGGCAUGGUGGCGGGCGUCAGCGCGAGCAGCUUCGCGUGGAACCUUGCGCUGCGGCGGUCGUACGCCUUUGGGCAGGGUCCCAUUGGCGUGCCGCUUGAGCCUGGCGAGACGAUUUCGUGGAAGGACGAGUAUACCACGCUGUACGGACGGCACGAGAACGCGUACGCCAUGAGGGCGACGGUAUGGCCGUGA